GGGCUCGCCCCGCCCCCCAUCCGGGUCCUGGUUGCCGCGGCAGGUUGCCAUGGAACCCGAAACCCGGAAGCGGCGAGGAAAGGCCGCCGGAGUCGGAGAAAGGGCCGCGGCCGCCUCGGGUGAAAUGGUGGUUUCGCUGGCCCGGCCGGCGCUUCCUCGCUAUGUCUCAGAGCCCCGACGAGGCCGCCGCGGAGCGGGAGCUGGUGAGGGGCGAGGAAGGGGGAAAGCUCUCCCGGCAGACAGGCAGGCAGGCCGGCCUUGGGGGAAAGGGAGCCUCUCCUGCGCCUCGCCUCUCUCUCUCUCCCGGCUGAGGGGAGGGGAGGCCUGGUGGGGCGGGAGGCCGGGGGUCGAGGAAGGGGGCAGCUGCGGGACAGCCAAGCCUUAUGGCGAGGGGGGAGGCAACAUCUCCCUCUCCACCCCACCCCCCGCGAUGCCCCCACUAUCCGCCCCUCCAUUGAACUCAGAGGGGCUUCCUCUGGGGCAGCAGGCGGGUCAAGGGUUGCCCCAUCCCUGCGUGGGAUCCCUCAGCUGCCCCAGUGCCGGAUUUACGUAUAAGCUAAACAAGCUAUAGCUUAGGGCCCCACUCUCUUGGGGGCCCCAAAAAAAUUAAAGGAAAAAAACAACUGGAUGUACAUUUCCAAAAUUGUAUUUCACUUCAACAAUUACUUUGAUAAAAUACAUAUUUUGUUAUGUGCAAAUGGCUUUAGAUACCUAUUAGGUCCAUAAAUUACUAUAUAGCAUCUAUUCAACACAAAAACCAGCAACCAUUUGUUGUUGACAAAGGACAGCUGGACAUAUAAAGGGACCCAUUACCUUCAGUAGCUGAGGGCCUCAUCAAACCUAAAUACGGCCCUGAGCUGCCCCCUUUGCUCUGGCAAAAGACAGGACAGGGCAGUGGGUGGACGAUGUUUUUUUUUGGGGGGGGGGGUUCACAAAGUGACUUCAAAGCAACCUGUUGCAAUCUAUUGCAGCCUCACAGGAUGGUUCCUCUGGAAUUUAUCACACACAAACGCAUGGAUUUGUAAAUCUGCCUGUGCUUUGCGACCCAGAGCUUAAAUAACACGCAGCCCUUCAUGCCCCCUUUCCAACACGUGCAUUUGGAGAAGGUCCCUAAUAUGGCAGAGAGAGAGAGAGAGAAGACCUGAAAUGCAGGGCAAAACUGUAUCAAUACAGGACAUAGCAUUUUACAUUGAAAUAAAUGGGACAAUCCUGUAUUAUACAGGACAGGUGGCAACCGUAGCCUGCUGCUGCUUCCUCCUCCUCCUCAUCUCUGUCUCCCACCCACCUACGCUGGCAAACCUAAGAAAUAAAUGAAUCCAGCCUUCAAAACUGAUAUGCACCGUUCAUAAAGGCUAAGGCCACAUUCACACUGGACAUGUAAAGCCCGCGAUGCUGCUUUAAACAGUUGUGGCUUCCUCACCGAGAAUUUUGGGAGCUGUAGUUUGUUAGGGAGGCAAAGAGUGAGUAGGAGGCCCCCUGCUCCCCUCCUACAACUACGGUUCCCAGAGUGGUUUAACAGUCUCUCUCCUUCACAGGGAACUCUGAAUAUUGUAACUGUAGAAAGGAAAACGGGCAUAUCCCAAAAACUCUGCACCCUUAACAGACUACAGCCCCCAGGAUUUUGUGGGGGAAGCUUCACAAGAACUUACAAGUAAAGAUUGACCUUCAUGAAACUGGAGCUUUUUAGCUGAAAAAAAAUAUGGAGUGGGGGUGCAAUGUGUUUAUGUAGGACAUGGGCAAAGACAAAUCUUUCUGCUUCCCUUUUAAUAACCCAUCACAGUCACCCAGUACAAUAGGUGAUGCAAUAUUAAUUUGUGGGACUUACCUACAAGGUGCGGUGGUGGCUUAAAGGCUUAUGCAAAUUUGGACGAGCUUCUUACAACUAGAUGGAACUUUUGUGUUCAGAAUUGCUUCCAAUGGCAACCAGUCACAAGCUGGACUUGAAAGUCGUGCCUGUAUUCUGUUGUUUGUCCUCAGUAUCUGGUACAUAAAGCAGGUUUUUCCCCACUGCAAUGGUCUAUAGCUAUUGACAGACCUAUUUUCUAUGACAAAUACCUUCUUGUGCAUGCCAGUGAUCCCAGGAUCACACAAAGGCACCAAUUCUCUGCCCCUUCUAUCCUCCUGAUGUCUUGAAUUUAGUCUUUUCCACAGUGCUCAUUGAGUUUAUUUCUAUUUAUUGCCCUUAUAUCCCACAUUUUUCUCCAAGGAGCUCAAGGUGGUGUGCAUGGUUCUGCCCCUCCUCAUUUAAUCCCCACAAUGACCCUGUGAGUUAAGUUAGACUGAGAGGUAGUGACUAGUCCAGAGAUCACCCAGUGAGCUUCAUGACCAAGUGGGGAUUUGAACCCUGGUUUCCAAGGGCCUAGCUUGACACUCUAACCAGGCAUAGGCAAACUUGCCCCUCCAGAUGUUGGGACUCCAACAUCCCUGACCACUGGCUCUGUUAGCUAGGGAUGAUGGGAAUUGUAGUCCCAAAACAUCUGGAGGGCCGAGUUUGCCUAUGGCUGCUCUAACCACUACUCUGCACAGCUGGGAAUAUGGUCCUUGCAGUUCUAUCAUGUGAUAAGAGGACUAGCUUUAAAUUGCAGUGCCUUUUACCAGAGCCCCGUGCAAGAAUUAGAAUAAGCUUAUUUUAGGAAUAUCCCAUAACUUUGACAUAACAUCUCAUAUGUUAUCUUUAUAACAUUGUGUGCAAGCCUUACCCUCAAAUGUCCUAUGAGCAGAUUAGAGGGAAAGCUCAGUCCUAUGCAUGUUCACUCAGAAGUAAUUCCCAAUGUGUUCAGUGGGGCUUAGUUCCAGGUAAGCAUGCAUAGGAGUGCAGCCUUAGGUGGUUUAUUUAUCAUUUAUGUCCAGAUUUGGAAUUAAAGUGAAGCCUCACAAUUUAUUUACUGCAUUUUUUUCUUCUCCUUUUCAGACAAAUGUGGCUCACAUCAAAAAGAACAAAAUCAGUCUUUAUUGUUAUUGUAAUGUUUAUUAGAAGUAAAGUGUCCCCCUAGGCAUAAUUUAUAACUCCAUGGAUUAAAAUUUCCUGACCACUAUAAAAUAGAGGCAUCACCUAAAGUUUCAGUUGAUUAAUCUGCUGCUUAAACCAGUCAAACACACCCUUAGUUCUUCUUUCUAAGCUAUCUGUGACGUGCAGAUUGCUGUGUUUUCUGUUCUUAGCAUUAGCACAAUGGAAAUCUUCUUCUGAAAGUUGUUCCAUCACUGUCUCUUGAGAUUUAUAUCUCUUUCAUUUAAUUCCUCCCAGGUAACGGGAGAGACCAGCUCUUAGAAAUUUCUGCCUAUGCUCCACUCUCCUGGAGGUGGUUAUCCAUCUGCCUUCAAGCUCUGCGGUCCUUGCCUCUUUCACAGUCUGAUCACUCACUAACAUUGCAGGGCAAAUUGGAUAGGGAGAUAUAGCCUGAGAUCAGAUGCCUGAAGGAUAGCAAAAAAAUAAUCUGCCAGUAUGCCUUGAAGAAUGUGACUUCAGGAAAUUAAAAACUCUGUGAUGCGCUGUGUGGCCCGUGUCUGCCUGCAGUGAGCCACCAGGAAGCCAGUUUAUCUCUCCAUGCCGCUAUCCAGGCUGUAAAUACCAGCCUCCCCCCUCCCCCCGCAAUUCUGCCUUUUACACAAAGCAAAAUCUAGAUCUAACCUAAGGACCAGACUGGUGGGGCUUAUAAGUAUGGGUGAAAGCAGCAGCAGAAAUGAACUGCAAGGUACUUCUUUAGAGAGUGACCUAUUUGCAAAAAAUGGGUGGGGGACAACGCCACUAUUUUUAAAAGAAAUUUUAAAAAUAUUGGGAAAUGAGACUAAAUCCAACCUGCCCCCCCCCACCCUACUAAUAACAUUGUGUCAUGUAUUUCCACAGCUCUCCUGGAAAUUCAUGCAAGCAGAUUUGAGUUGAAAUCUGGUGCCUCUGAAUGGUGCCAGGACAUUAUGAAGAAGUUCAGGGAUAGGGAACCCAGGGCCCAUCAGACAUUGCUGGACUACAGCUCCCAUAAUCCUUGAGCAUGGAGAUGCUGGCUGGGCCUGGUGGGGGUUAGAGUCCAACAGUAUCUAGAAAGCCGCAGGUUCGCAUGCAGAAAAAGUCCUAUACGUAUGCAUUUUUAUUCUGCAGGCAGAGGACAGUCUUUCUGCAAUGACGUUUGAAUCUGACACAGAAACGGUGAGUUUUACAAGGCUGUUCUCUUUCUGUACACUUUACAUACUCUUUCAGUGACUGCGCUUUCAUACAAUGGUAAACCAGUCUCAAGUGCUCUGUGGAUGAGCCCAGAGCAAGCCAAAUUGUCAGGCUGGCACUCGCCUUGCUCCCCGUGACCUAGAGCUAAACAUUUGACAGAGUUUCAUUUCAUUUUUAAGGAAUCCCAACUUAGCCUCAUGGUCAUAUCAUGGGAUCCUGGUUUUAAACAAACUACGGUUAGUUUCAUAACAGUAUUCAUAAUAUUCCAUUUGGACUGAUUUGUGUACAGCAUGGUGAUGAUAUUGAUGCAGGUGUUCUUGAGUUUUUAAAACACCUUGGGAGGAAUUUUCUCCUGUUAUAUAAUGUGGUAGUUUUUUUCCCCCCAGCAGCAAACUUAAUAUAAGGCAUGUAGGUGUGAAUUUGUUUCAUCUAUUGUGACUGUUUGUUUCCAGGCAACAAUUCUGGGCUCAUCUGGGUAUUUCUCUGGACCACUCCACUAAUCCCAAAUCUGCAGCAUUCAUUGUUCUAGUAGUAGUUGCUAAUAUAUAAGAAGCUGUUAGUAGUAAGCCUAUUUUUACAAAAAUAAGUGGGCUUUACUUUGUCCCUGGUGUCUGUCUGUGUGUGUGUGUGUGUGUGUAUAUAGUAAUGCUACUGUAAUAUGUAAGUGUAAGUGAGAAACCUGGACAAGGAACAAAAUUAGAUGUUUUACUUUUACAGCAUUGUAAGAUAUUGUUUUGUUUAUUGCACAGAGAGGGAGCAUGUGGUGCUUCAGCUGUUGUUGGGUCCAGCAUCAUCUGAAGGGCCGCAAGUUCCCUAUUCCUAUUUUAUUGACUUAUUUUGAUGAAAAUUUCAGCUUUCAGGUUAGCAAUUUGUUGAUAAAGUUUUGGAACUUUAGUAAACCUGGCUGGCUAAUUAGAACCCCACUUUCUACAUACGUAUAAUGGCAGUGGUGCUGUUGUUCCCUGCUCAGAAAAUAAAUAUACUGUUUGUAGCUAUCAUGUGAAUCCAGACCAAUGAAAUUGGUGAAUUUCAGUGCCAAAUAAAUAUUUAUUUCAGAAACUGAAGAAGAAAACAUCUCGCAAGCCUCCAAAAUCACCAAGUAAGCAUGACUAGACCGUUCCCUUUCCCUGAAACCACCUAAUGACAAUGCGUCAUUUGAUUCUCUGUCGUUCUCUAGCAUGAAAUAUGCUUCAGUGCAAUGAGGAGGGGAGUCUGAGCGUGCUGGGAUAGGGAAUUGAAUGGUCUCUCCAAAAAAGCUUUAAGAUAGGAAGAUAACCUUUAAGAUAAAUAUUACUGGCUGCUUUUACCUGGCUAAGGAAUUCAGCCUUUUAUUAUCUUGUGGUUUACAUACUUCUCAUUAUAUGUACAUUACUCUGAACAAUAGCAUCCUAUAUCCAAGUAGCAAUUCUAAGGCAAUUAGUUCAUACAUCCUUUGCAGCUUUACUCAGAUGGAAUGUUAGAAGCUUAUUGCUGCUGCAGUUUUAAUCCAUAGCACUGACAGGUGUGUGUUUUUUUUCUUGCCUCAGAGUCUCCGUACACCUCUAGCACAUGUUUCCAUUCUAAAAAGGCUGGAUUUCUGAGAACCUUGAAGGGCACAGACAGUAAGCACUUUGAAAUCCCCUUGGUUAAACCAUCAAGGCAGCUGUGGCACGGAUCGUUCAAGCAAGGUAUCCACAUGCAAAAUCAGUUCCUUCUACAAGCUUCUUACUGCAUAAUCUUUGAGAUGUGGGAACAAGGGCAAUAUAUCUCUUUCCCAUGCCGUGAAGGUUAAAAAAAAAAAAGAGUAUCCAAAAUGGGAGGAGCUCCUGCCAGCCCUGCCCCACUUUCUGGGAGGAGCUACCAAUGGGCUCCUCCCAAGUGACCUAGGGGUUCUUCUGUUACCUUUGAAUAUCAGUUGCUUCACCAUAGGAUGACGCAUCACCUCCGCCAGCUCUGUUCUUGCCGCAUGUAGAUUACACAUUGCUUUGUCCUAUUACUGUGACUUGCCACUCUUCCAGCACUGCUAACAUGGCAGCCACUUCACAACCUUCACACCUCCUGGGCUGUGCUGCUUUUGUCUUUCUAUAGCAAUUCAGUCAACUCUUCUGCGUUCUCCCCUUGCCCUUUCACUAGGUGCUUGGAUGAACCAGACGAAGUCGGACCCUGACGUGGGUCCUGUGCUGACCGCUCUUCCUGGCAGCACACCAGAGUAUCUGAAGGAAGCUUUGGGCAUGAAGAAGCCAAAACACGCUCGCUCUGCCGGCAGUGGUGAGUCACAAAAAGGGAACAGCAGCUUUAGGAUGAUCCGUAAUGGCGAACAGGUUGCAUUUCAGGGUAGCUUAACCUUGAGAAAACCUUCAUGUGCUUUCAAGGACUUCUGAAGCAAGGAAAAUCUGUUUUGGUCCUGUGGUGCCCGUCAAUAAACUUGUGACAUAGAUAAAUUCUUAGAAUCAAAGGAUUGUAGAGUUGGAAGGGACCCCAAGGGUCAUCUAGUCCAACCCCCUGGAAUGCAGGAAUCUCAACUAAAAUAUUCUUAGUAAACUUGCAAUGACAAUAAGUCCAGGUGCAAUACCAAAUAUAAGUGGUAUACGAUUUUAAUUAAAGGUAAAUGCUCCAGUGAGUUUGCAACAGGUGCAACUUUUUAAACUUGCAAAAAAUGUAAAAAUCAACUGUCUCAGAUGUUUUCUGAGAUUUUUAUAAUGGACAGGAAGUCAUUGCAGUCUUGGAAUAUUUCUACCAUUCCUUUUGGCUCCCAUUUAUUUAUUUGGGGAUGAUCUUUUCCAGGCUACAUCCCUGGAACUCCAGACUACAAAGAAAAAGAAGAUAUGUAUGAUGAGAUAAUUGAAUUAAAGAAGGUAUGGAUCACAAACUCAACAUAUUUAUUUUUUUCUGUUGCACCUUUCAACCCAAAGGUGUCCAGGGUGGUACACAAUAUUUUAUAAAAUGCAUGCACUAGUACAGAGAUAAGAAAACCAACAAUAUACACAAAGUAGGUUUUUCUUUUGUUUUUUAAAGCAAAGUCAAAAGGAAAUCCAGCAACACCUUAGGUCUUACUUCAGCCAUUUUCAUAGGCCUGAAGAAACAAGCAUGUCUUGACUUGAUGCCUCUGUCUCUGCACCAGGCAAAAUGCAGUUUCUGAAGACUCUUAGCUGUAAGGGGGGGGUGGAGCUUGGGCUUAACGGAUGCAAAGAAAUCUCUGCAAAUCUGUAGGGAGUAUCUGCUCAGGAUCUGAACAGCUGCUGGCAGGAUUUCCAGGAGGGAAUAGUAAUUAGGCUCCAAUAAUAAUAAUAAUAAUAAUAAUAAUAAUAAUAAUAAUUUAUUUAUACCUCGCCCGUCUGGCUGGGUUUCCCACCCAGGGCCCCUGUUUGGGCUGAACCACUUUCCCUUCCUGUUUGCCUUCUACUUCCAUAUUCCUUGACCUCAUAUUCUGACUUCCACUGCCCUGUCAUUUAGCACAUCAUCUCCAGUUUCCCAUUCCCUAGUUGCAUGGAAGGCCUUCUGGCACAGUGGAGAAAGCGAGAUGGAGCUGUGGGAAUGGGGGAAGGAUGCUGCGCAGGGCAGGGAGCCUGGGUGAAGAAUUGUGGGGGGUUUUUAUUGCUUCAUCUACUCUCUCCAUUAGUUCUGUUCUGAUUUUUGAGAUCUGGGGGCCGGCAGUUCUGUUUUGCUUUUGUAAAAACAACAACAACAAGCAAAUGCAAAAGGAAGAAUGUCACUGAUGUUUAUUUACCGUGGAGCUGCAAGGAGAAAUUUGUCAGAAUGGAUGUUCUGGCUCCACUGUCAGAGGCAGUGUGGCUGUGAAUGCCAGCGGCUCGAAACUGCAGGGAUGCUGGACUAGAUUAAGGUUACCAGGCGUCCCCGUUUCCUGGGGACAGUCCCCGGAUUUACAAAUCAGCCCCCUGACAAAAUCCUAUCAUUCCUACUGAAGUUGAAAAGUGUCCCCGGAUUCAUUGAAAAAAGUCUGGUAACCUUACACUAGAUGGGCCAUGGGCCUGAUCCAGCUGUGCUCCUCUUAAGUCAGCACAAGUAGUGCACACAAACCCUCUUUGUUACAGACAAUACAAGCCCAGAAAAGUGAAGCAGAUCGGAUGAAAACCAAGCUUCGGCGACUCGAAGAGGAAAGUAACCGAAAGGACAAACAGAUUGAACAGCUCCUGGAUCCCUCCAGGGUGAGUUGUGCGCUCCUGGGUAAAAAAAAUGCAGUUAAGGGAGAAAGGUUGAAUCUAUUCACUUCGCUCUUGGUUUUCUAAACAGGACAAGGAAAAUACUUCCUAACUGGGGCAAGAAAGGCACAGUAAUGUCUGUCUGUAGUAUUUGUUUGUUUUAUUUGUACAGUUGUAGGAUAGAGAGAAACGCCUGCUUUACUGUUGUAAAUCACCUUGAUGUAAUGGGUGCUCACUGUUUUAGAUACAUUAUAUAAUGAAAUAACAACAACAACAAUAAUAAACUUUAUACCCCAAAAAGAUAUAAUGGUUGCUCUGUAAAAAAUAGUAAUACAAAAUUAAAGAUUCCAGUUGCACAACUCUGGGAACAUUUUUGUCCUUUAAAAAUUUAUAUCCCUUCCUACCUUCCUUUUACCAUCGGACUCAAGGCAGCAGACAUCUAGUGUCUCAUCCAGGCAGUGACCAGACCCAGACCUGCUUUGCUUCACAAAGAGAGCUGCAUCAUGUGCCCUCAGACCAUACCUUGGUCUAUUUAUAGCCAGAAAGUCUGGAGGAUGGCAGCUUGAGGAAUGUAGUGAAAGUUUGUCAGUGAGAGCUAGAAGCAUGGGGCUGAAUUUUGUCCCAAGAAAGGUGCCUGGUUCAAAUUUUUCCUCUACUAUGAUCUCACUAGAUGAUCUUAGGCAAGCCAAGUUCUGUUUUUAGCCUCAGCCACCCCACUCCCCUCAAAUCUGCAAGUUGGGGAUAAAAAAUUUUGGGUGAGGAUCACAAUAAAAGGACAUGAAUUGCUAUGAAAAGGGUCCAUCUUCAUUUUUUAUCUUGUGCAAAGCACUUGGGUUCAUGAAACACCUUGUGAAUAGUGAAUAAUGUUAAUGUUCUUGUUUUUACAGUGGUCUGAAUUUGGCUGGAUGCGGACAGAGCAGAAAAAUGAUACCAGCUCGGUAUUGUGCCUUCUCUUUUCCCUAUCUUCCUUUCUAGCUUAAGAAUUGUUGGUGGACCAGAACAUACUGGGUUUGUAGAGUGACCAAGUGGCUAAACUGUGUAUUACAGUACACAAGGUGAAAGUGCUCAUGAAAUGCCAGAAGGUUUUCUUUUGUUUUUAAUGUGGAUGUGCUUGCAUCUGGAUUCGGAACUCGGUUUAUUAAAUUGCCCUGAAUUGCAAAGCACACUACAAAAAUGAACACAGAACCUUCCUCUAGGCUUGCAGCCAAAGAAUAAAGACAAGAAACGUUAAAGAGGAAAAUCAAGUAAGUAGGCAGGAGAGGCCAGAAUAUGCCAGGAUGAAUGGAUGUUCUAAAGCGGAAGAGAGGUGGGUGUCAGGUGAAAGGCUAAUUUGAGUCCUGGGGAGAUGCAGAGAGAAACAGGCAGGGAAUAGAGAAGGCAAUGGGGGACAAAACUAGAAGAGUAGCAGAGCAAAGGGUUCAAGGAAAAGCAUCUAGGGAAAGAAGGUGGGGCAGGACCAUUAAGAUGCUCAGUAGUAAAUGCAAGAGGCUUAUACAAUACGUGGGGGGGGGGGAGCCAGCGAGGAGAAUGGCACAAAAUAAUAGGAUUGAAACAGAAAAUACCAAACUAGCAGCAGCAUGUUAUGGUAGAGUGACGUGGCCUAAGAGUUGGCGUAGGAAGACCAACAAGAGAAGAAUUGCAAUAAUCAAAGGAGAAAAUAAUAAGAGGGUGGAUUAAAGUGUUGGCAAUGUCUGUAAAAAGGAAAGAGAAAAUGCCAGAUGUAUUAAGUGGUUGAAAAGACAAGACCUGGCAAGAGCCUGGACAUCAGCAGAAAAAGGAAGAGAAUGGCUUUUAAAAAAAAAUAAAAAAGGGAGGAGGAGAACAGAGAACCAGAUUAUCAAUGUGAGGUUAAAAAGGGCUGAUAAGCAAGAAGAAAACAGCUCCAUUUUAGUACAGCUAAGCUUGAGGGAAAUGGGCACCCGUCCAAUGAGAGGUGGUGAAGAAAGCAGCAGAGAUUGAGGCAAGAGAGGAAUGGAAAGGUUGAGUGAAGAACAGCAGAGCUAAAGGUCACCCGCAUAAAGGUUGUAUCGAAGGUCAGGAAAAUAGAUAAUGAGACCAAGACACAGCACCUAGAGAAGAGGAUGCUGGGGAACUUUGAUAGAAAGAGGGAAAUGUGGUUUCUGUUUUCCUUUCCUUUAUUUUGUUGUAUUCCCAGUUGAUCCCUUUGUCUCAGGAGGUUCAUACUGACCUGCCUUUUGCUGAGACUGCCCUGCCUCUCAUGGGUUUGUAGGCAGCGCAGACCAAUGGUGAACUGUGUACGCACAAUGUCUUAGGCAACGUGUGCUUCAGGAGAGGCCCUGUGUGCUUUCUCUUUGAUAGAUGCUCAACGGAUUGAAGCAGAAGAUCCUUAAACUGGAGCAGCAGUGCAAAGAGAAAGACAACACUAUUAAGUAUGCCAAAUUCCAUCUGUUUGUUCAUUUAAUAGUUUUCACCCUGCUUUUCCAUCCUUGCAGAAGUUCAAGGUUGCUAGCAAUAAAUCAGUUACAAAAGCAUGUUGGAAACAUAGGUGACAAUACCAGCAAGCAAAAUUGAGCUAAACCAGGAGCGAAGCCCAUGAAAGGACCGAGCAGAUCAGGGGCACCAUCUCCUAGGGGCUGAGCUCUUUUGCCCCGCCCCAUAAUUUGGGGGGGAAGCCAUCCCCUCCCCCCAGUUUCAGCUGGAGGAGGCAGAGAGGAGGAGCCGCCAGCCAUUGAAGCCGUGCUGGCGCCAUGUUUGGCUCCUCCCGGUUUUGUGACACCACGUGCGUAUGACACCAGCCCCCAACCCAAUCUGAAACAGAUAGUUACCAUAUAGGCCCAAAGCAUCCUGAAAAAACAGCAUCUCGUCCGGCGGGGGGGGGGGGGGGAACGACGACCAAUUAGGCAUUCCAGGACAAAGGGUUUCACAGCACACACCACCAGUGGGAAGGCCUUGCUUGCACACCUGUUAUGGCAAAACCACUUGUGGGUUGUAGAGCAGGGCCUCUGUUGAAGUUCUAAGCAUUCAUAGGGGAGGAGGCAGUCCUUACGAUGCUAAGGUUCCCAAGCGUGGCGCUUGCGUUGAAGAUUGUAUUGUGCUGGGCAGAGGGAGAUGGCAAAAGCAUUAUGUGUCGGAGGCAGAUGCUAUGGCCACUGCAAUCCUGUUCUGGAGCAAGUGGACUUUCUCUGAUGCUGCUGAAAUAUAGAUUGCCCCACGAAUGAUUGCUCCAUUUCUGACAGCCAUGAAUUAUAUGAAAAUGCAGUUGCUAGGAGAAGAAUGGGAACAUCCUCUUACAAGUGUGAUGUGCUUUGGUUCCUCAGGGCAGCCUGAGUGGCCUGGUGGCCUCGCACAUUGUCUACGAGAAUCUAGUGCAAGUCAGUAGACUAGACCAGGGAGAUGACACGCCAGUUGGUGGUGGCAUCUGCCCCCCAGAGAAAUUUUCCAAAAGCCUUCUUAAAGCAAUCAGAAACAUUGGUUACGAUCAGUACUGUUGGUGAUAAUUUUGUUUUACAGUAAGGGGCGAAAAAGGAAUUCCUGCUGGCUUCACUGUUAACAAAUGUUCAUGGUUAAUUUAUGUCUCUUCUUCUGUUCUGACGGUUUCUACAUCUUUUAUUUUUCUAAUGUGUGUUUUCUAUCGCUAAAAAGCAAACUCCAGACAGAUGUGAAAAGCACUAAUGUGGAAGAAAUGAAAAUUGCCCUGCAGACCUAUUACGAGGAGGUACAUUUUUCUUUUGCUCAUGCUAAAGGGGGAGAACAUAAUUAGAAAAUUUCAGUAAAAAGAUGGAACCAACUUAGGUUUGGAUUCUGUGUCCCAAAUGGGUUCUCCAUGUUUCCCUCCCAAUGAAUGAUGGGUAAAUGUGUCCAUUGUUCAUGCUGCUGGAUCUCAUGCAUUUCUUACAACAGAAUUUCACCAUGGAGAAAAUGCUUCUCCGUUACAUGGGCAACCCAAAUAGUUUCUUAGGGCUGUGAUGUAUAGGGGUGUCAGAAAAGCAUUGUGCAACCUGAGAGGUAUGUACACCCAGAUACGGCGAUGCAAACUUAGAUGGCCACAGACGAUGCCAGAGCUGUGCUCUGGGAACCCUCUGCAAAAUUGCAAGGCUUCCUAGUUGAUUUCACGGUGCAACUUCUUAGUUACCAGAGUGUCACCAUCCUAUCUUCCUGCUCUCCUUCGCUCCUUUUCGCCCACCUGAUGCAGCUUGGUAGCAAAUGCUUAUGAAGCAGCUUCCUUCGCACCUUGGUCCUUGCUCUGUCUCCCUGCUAACGCAAGCCAUCCUUUUACAGAUCCAGCGACUCCAAACCCUACUGGCAAAAUCGAAGACGGUGCAACGAAAGUACGUUUAUUUCUUCGGGGCUGUAUGCAUGUGUAUAAGUUUUUGCUCGCUAAUUUUUAUACUUCACUAAUAGCGGUGAAGUGAGAAGAUGUUAAGAGCUUUAAAAAAAAUAUCUCAUCACUUAGACGUUGUUUUGGGUUUCUUUCCCCAAUGAUGGAUCUUUCAUGUCCUACCUAUGUUUCAUUAUUUCCAACUAAAGAGAAAAGGAAGUUUGUUGAAGGUAUUUCCUACUAAGGUAUGUCACCAGGUAAAGCAGGGGUGGGGAACCAUAUUUCUGAUGAAUAGUUUAUCUCUGAGGUAAUCUGCCAAGGGCUGUAUGCUAAUAGGGGGUGGAGCAGAAGUCGGAAGUGGGUGGAGCCAGAGUCAAUAGUGGGUGGGGCUGCCCCUUCUCUUUCUUUUUGACAUGCCCUUUGCUGUCUCUCUCUCUUUCUUCCCACUUAAUGGGCUGCUGGGGGGAGGAACAGGUUACUCUUGUCAGAGGUGUGAACUUGCAGAGGGCUUUUGAAAUUAAUUCAAGAGUCUCGUGAAAUUAGGCAGAUAACUGCAGUUUCUGACCUUUGCAGUUUUAGGUUCACAUCCACAUAUUAUGAAAACUGUACUCUUAAGUCAAGACAAUGGCCUCUUAAAGGCUAAAAUCUAGUUGGUUGGCUGGCAUUCCAUCUCAUGAAACAAUUGAAUUUAAGGUAAUUAAGGCUGCAGCCUUGAUACCUUCUUAGGUAGAAAUGGGUACACUGAAAUAAGUAGGAUUUACUUUUAAGAUGGAGGCUCAAGUCACACUGAAGUCAGUACCCUCCCUGAUCCUAUAAGUCCUAUUGAUUUUACUGCACCUUAUUUUCCGAGCUCCAGUGAAAGCACUUCAGACUGUAGCUAAACCAUUUUGAAAUUAUCUACUUCCUUUCCACUGCAUUAUUAUCAAGUUAAAUUUUAAGAACAUGUUCCUAUGGAACAGCAAAAUAUAUUUCAUAGCAGGAUCAAGUUGUAAACCAUUUGAAAACAAUCAAAAGCAGUGAAGCAGAAUUCUGAGAUAGCCUUUAAUUUAAGCAAAUAACCCCUCAUCCUGACCCCAAAGAAGGCUGCCUUUAGAAAUUGGUAGAAUUCUGUGUAGUCAUCUAGUCAUUUAAGCGUUCUCAGGUGAAUGUGUCAUGGAAAUUACAUACCUUCCAACAAAAAAUAAUCCCACAGUCAGGGCUCCCUAUGUAUUCUGCAGGCUUAAUUAUAAGUAUCGAUGUGGAAACUUGAGGUUCCCCUUUUUCAUUGGUUAAAAAUAAAUAGAUGUUUCCAGUCCACAUGCUUACAAAAAGAGAAAAGAUUGGAAACAUACAGGAAAUUUUGAUCUACCCAUGUCUUGGGAACAAUUGAAGCUCUAGGACCAGCAUGGGGAACCUGUGGCUCCCAGUUCCCAUCAGCCCCAGGCAGCAUGGCCAAUAGCAAGGGAUUAUGGGAAUUGUAGUCCAACAACAUCUGGAGGGCCUCUGAUUCACUGCCCCUGCUCUAGGACAUGGGCAGCACCUCCAGCGUUUGGGGCAGAGUCUCAAGUCCUGUGCAAUUAUUCCUCUACCCUACAUGCCAUGCUUGCAACAAGCCUCUAAGCAAGUAGGUACCAGUUGAAUCUGCGCCAAGAAGUUUGGGAAUAUCCCAGGUUAGUUGAUCUGGGGGAUCGUGGGGGUGCACAUCCUGCACCCAGAUCCAAAGCACAUUGCAAAAGAGGGUAGAUUAAGGGAACGCUUCUGUAUAAAUGUGGUGGAAAUAGCAUUUAUCCUUUUUUCCACUGAAUGAAGGUUCCCAAAUCCAUGUUAUGCGAUUCUUCCUCAAAUGCCACAUUUCUACCACUCCUUUGGUUCAGUCUGGCGGGUUGCAGUUUCCCCCACCUAAAUCCACUUACCAGUUUUUCAUAAUCUCCCCGCUACACAUACAUGCAUAACUUCCCUGUACUUGCCUCUCAUCUCCCCUUGAGCACUUGCAAAUACACUUAGUGACAUAUACAUACAAACUCCCAAGUUGUAUGUAUACUGACACAUACAUACAAACUCCAAGUCCUGCCUCAAUCCCAGCUUCACUGAAGGGGGCAAAUCAAUGGCUUAAGGUUCUGGGUUGUCACUUCAAUCAAACUGAAGUAUCUAGAGGUAAUUUUUAGUCUGUAUUCACCAUGCAGAACUUUAGGUUAACCCGGAAGGGACCACAACCUAGUGAUAAGACUACAAGUUUGCAUGCAAAAUGUCUCCUGGAUCCAGUCCCUAGCUUCUCCACGUACAAGGGCUCAGACAGCAGGUGCUGGAGAAGGAAACCCUUCCAAGCUGAUGCCCAUCAGAGUAGACACGACUAGGUUCAAUCCUCAUACGGCGCAGCUGCAUAUUCCUGCAUUGAAGGGGGUUGGACAAGAUGAUCCUCAGGGUCCCUUCCAAUGCCAUAUACCGUAUUUUUUGCUCUAUAGGACACACUUUUUCCCCUCCAAAAAUGAAGGGGGAAAGUGUGUGCGUUCUAUGGAGCAAAUGCAGGCUUUUGCUGAAGCCUGGAGAGUGAGAGGGGUCGGUGCGCACCGACCCCUCUCGCUCUCCAGGCUUCAGGAGCUAUCCGCAAGCCUGCGGAGCCCUCCGUCUCAUUGUUCUAGCUUCGGGAUGGCUGCGCAAAGCCUCCGCAGGGCGGGGGGGGGGAGGCACCCCGCCACCCUGCGGAGGCUUGAAAGGCUGUCCCUGAAGCUGCGCUCCAAAGGCUUCAGGGAUCUUUGAGGUUGGCGGUGGGGGAAUGCGCUGCUUUCCCCCACCGCCAGCCCCACAAGCUCGGGGGGCAACGGCAAGGCUGCACACAGCCUUUGUGCUGUUCCCCGACCUGCUCUUGAAUGCACCUUGAAUGCACCUUGUUUUUGAGGGGGGGGACAAGAAAAAACAUUUUUUUCCUGUUCUCCCCCUCCUAUGGUCCGGUGUGUCCUGUGGUCCGGUGCAUCCUAUAGAGCGAAAAAUACGGUAAUUCUCAGAUUUUAUGAUUGCCCACGGUGCAUAGUUAAGCAGUGGAAUUUGCUGCCAUGUAGUGAUGGCUGUCAACCUGAAUAGCUUUGAAAGAGGAUUAGACAAAUAGCUACAAGUCAUAAGGCUGUGUCGUCUUCAGUACUAGAGGCAAGGCAUCUCCAGUUCUGAAUUCCAGUUGCUGAAGGAUAUGAGCAGGAAAAUGCUAUCCUGCUCAUCUGGUUCCCCUGUGGGAACACGAUGCAGGACUAGACCGGCUUUCUGCCUGAUCCAGGUGUUGUGUUGUGUUCUUACUGGAUAGCCCAGGGAUCAGCAACCUUUUUCAGCCGUGGGCUGGUCCACCAUCCCUCAGACCAUGUGGUGGGCCAGACUAUAUUUUGGGUGGGGGGGAAUGAACAAAUUCCUAUGCCCCACAAAUAACCCAGAGAUGCAUUUUAAAUAAAAGGACACAUUCUACUCAUGUGAAAACACGCUGAUUCCCGGACUGUCCACGGGCCGGAUUGAGAAGGGGAUUGAACCGCAUCCGGCUUACGGGCCUUAGGUUGCCUACCCCUGGGAUAGACAAAUAAUCUGGCCCAUGAUAAGACACCUUCAUUUGUAAUGGGUAUUGUGAAUUAUUGAUAAUAAUAAUAAUAAUAAUAAUAAUAAUAAUAAUAAUAAUUUAUUUGUACCCCCGCCCAUCUGGUUGGGUUUCUCCAGCCACUCUGGGCGGCUUCUAACAAAGAUUAAAAAUACAUUAAAAUGUCAAACAUUAAAAACUUCCCUGAACAGGGCUGCCUUCAGAUGUCUUCUAAAUGUCAGGUAGUUGUUUAUCUCUUUGACAUCUGGUGGGAGGGUGUUCCACAGAGCGGGCGCCACUACCGAGAAGGCCCAUACCUGGUUCCCUGUAGCUUUGCUUCUCGCAAUGAAGGAGAACAGUAAUGCAGAACAAAGCAACCCAGUUUUGAGAAGAGCACUUAACACCCACAUGCAGAAACAGAGAAAGAAAGAGAAAUGGAGAUAGUUUUGAAAGUAGAAUAAGCACUUAUUUUGUUGUUGUUCCUUUUUCAAACCCUGAGCCCUUGGUAAAUAGGAGUGUUUCUGUAACUUGAGUGUUUGGGGAGCCCAAUUGGAGGUGAAUGCUAGCAGGACUUCCUGUUCCUAGAAAAAAAAGACUCUUAACUCUAAAAGUUGCCCAGAUACUAUAGACAUCAGGUGAAAGAUGCAGAGGAGGAAGAAAAUGUUGGAAGUUCUGAAGGAAGAGGCAAGAGAGAGAGAGAGGUCUGUGCAAUCGGAGGAAGACUGGAGGAUUGUGGAGCUCAAGGUAGUGUGGGGAAGACGUCGAGUAAGAUUAACAUUAUUCUGUGUCUUGAAUGCUGCUAAUUUGACUGAAUUCACAGUAAGACCAUUGAAAAGAUUCAAGGGUAGGGAUUCCAGACUGAAUCUCUGAAAGGGAGAGGCUUUUAGGAUCAGCCUCCUUAUCUCAGGUGUAAAUAAUAGAUUCAUCAACUGCACCCACCUAUGCUUCCACGCUUUGUUGGAACAAGGGGGGAUUAAGAACUGACGCGGGUGGCACUGUGGGUUAAACCACAGAGCCUAGGACUUGCCGAUCAGAAGGUCAGUGGUUCAAAUCCCCACGACGGGGUGAGCUCCCGUUGCUCGGUCCCUGCUCCUGCCAACCUAGCAGUUCGAAAGCACGUCAAAGUGCAAGUAGAUCAAUAGGUACCGCUCUGGCGGGAAGGUAAACGGCGUUUCCGUGCGCUGCUCUGGUUCGAAUCCAGAAGCGGCUUAGUCAUGCUGGCCACAUGACCCGGAAGCUGUACGCCGGCUCCCUCGGCCAAUAAAGCGAGAUGAGCGCCACAACCCCAGAGUCGGUCACGACUGGACCUAAUGGUCAGGGGUCCCUUUACCCUUUACCUAAUAAUAAUAUGACAUUUAUAUCCACUUUUUCUCGUAGGAGCUGCACAUAGCUCUCCCCCUCCCCAUGUUAUCCUCAUCAUAACCCUGUGAAGUAUGUUGGACAGAGAGAUACUGUGAUUAGCCCAAGAUCACCCUGUUUGCUUCAUAGCUGAACCCUGGGCUCCUAGGCCCUAGUCCAGUGCUCUAACCGCUGCACUAUACUGCCCCUUGUUACCAGCAAUGUGUGCUGAGCUUUGCACAGUACAAGAGGACAGGCUCCUGCCCCAAUGAAUUUAACCCCUACAACUUGACUUGGGAGGAAAAUGGAGGCUGGGGUAAAGAGGGGAAGGACAUGCAGCUAUUUCAACAGAGUCUUGGAGCAUAAGCUUUCGUGGACUUCCAUCUGGCAUCCCCUGAAAUGAAUGGAAGCUUUUCAUGGCAUAAUAGAUGCUUUAGUCUUUAAGGUGCCGCAAGGCUUUUGGUUGUUCCUGCUGAAAGAGGCUAACAUGAUUAUUCCCCCCAACAUGUUGAAAUUUCUUAUUGCUACAGUUACAUAUAUUUAUUCCUAGUGUGAGGAUCAGAGUUGCUGUUUAUUUCCAAAGGAAUUGAGGGAAAAGGUGGCAUUUUGAGGGACAGUUUGAAGGAAGAAGGGAGAAAUGGCCUUGAGAGAGCAGGAGAGCUCUGGGUGCUGCAAGAAUUAAAAUCACAAGCAGAGGUAUAUCCAGCUAUGAGGUGGCGUCCGCAAAAGGAUUUUGACUUGAAGUUGUCCGAAAGAGAUGCAGGAUUAAUCUGAGCUCAACAGCACAUUUGUUGAUACAGCUGUUGCUUGGGCUUAGUUUUAAGUUGAAGCCAUUACACUUUUUCAUUUCUUUGGCUGUGUUGCAUAUCACUUUUGAGGUGAGCAGUUCCUGAUGAUUUCAUCAAGGGCAACCUCCAGAGAAAGGACUUUCCCUUCUCAGCCUUCAGUAUCCUGGCUUUCCCCUCCCCCCAUCCGAUUCUGAUACACAUAUUUAAAAUGAAAUUUACGGUGUGCUCAAAAGCUGGAAGCCCCAAUCUGGAAACAGUAUAAUUUUAUCAUUAAACGAUAUUCUGCACAUACAAAGUGUUAUAAAGUCUAUUCUCAAUAUGAGACACGGCAGCAGGAGACAAGUAACUCCUAUCUGCAAGCAGAAAGCUACUUAACUGAGAGGCCACUUUUCCUUGCAAGGGACAAAAGUUUCGGAUGAACCAUCUCCCAACCUCAGCUGUUGUGAUGCAUCCCGUUGGUUUCCCAUUAUUAAAUAAGCUGAGCAGCCUUUGCCCUCCAGAUGUUGUUGGAUUACAACCUGCAGCAGCCCCAGCUGGCACAGCCAUCUAGUUCAAAACAUCUGGAGGGCACCAGGAUGGUGAAGGCAGAACAAAAGCAAGGGUUUAUUUUUCCCUUCGUAUCCCUGGAUAGUUCUGCAUGCCAUAAAGCAGGUAUAGGGGCACCAGGCCAUUUACAGGGCUGACUUUGUGAUGUACGAUUUAAGGUGCAAGAUAGAAGCAUGUCCCUGAAUGCUGCCUUGUCCAGCGUUCUACUGAUUUUCCUGAAUCUAAACAGCUUCCUGAUAGCACGAGCUCCUGCCUGAGUUGCUGGUUGUUGUUGUUGUUGUUGUUGUUAAUGUCCUAUCAGUGACAACUCCCCAACAAUAAAAUAAACGCAUAAGUAGACUGUCUUUUCCUCUAAGGAACACCAGUCAUAGCACUUGGGGCUUUUCCUUUGUGGGGGGGGAGUGAGAUAUACAUUUAAUAAAUCAAUAAAUAAAAUGAGUAAAAAUAUUGUAAUGACCUGAUAGAGCAUAACUGGCCCAAUGCCACCCUGAAAAUUGGAUUGCUUGGUGUGGAUUUGAUCCUGUACACUGUAUACUGAAUCCAGUAUUCUGUAUGCUUCACUGCACUGGCGCUGAAGUCUCCUUGGUUUGAAAAUAAUCAGGGGGGCAUGUUUGCCAUUGGUCGCUGUGCUGCUGCGCUGUUGCUUGUGCAUACAUCCCAUCCAAGAGUCAAGACAGCUUGUUGAUCCCAAGUCUAGUUAGAUGCCGCCGCCCCCCUGCAUUUUCAGUCUUGGCUACAGCUGUUCCUUCCCCCCAUUUCCACACACAGGUCCCCUCCAGAGAGCAAACAGCAGAAGGUGCUCAACGCUGCCAUCCUGCAGUUAUCUAGGAGCAUCAAAGAGCUGCAGGAUGAGAACCGGAAGCUGAAAGCAGACCUAGAGCACGCGAUGAGCAGCUCCCCUGCCUCCGGCAGAGCAAAGAGUAAGUUUCUCAAGAAUACCAACUGUUUUGAUUCUGUUGUGUAAAAGAGGAGUGGGUUGCAGUGCUGUGGUCCUCAUGCGGUGCCCCCCCCCAGGUCCCUGCAAGUGGAAGCGUCUGGGCAUGCGAAAUCUCCAACCCCCAGGGAGAAUAUGUCAUGAGCUGCUGUGGCUAAAACUGGGAGCCGCUCAGCUCUUUGGCAUGGCUGCCUUGUGUGAUGAGCCAGCAGGAUUGUAGUCUGGAGGGUUAGGUCAAGUGUUGUCUGUCCAGACAAGGCUAUUAUGGCAUAUAUUAUUAUUAUUAUUAUUAUUAUUAUUAUUAUUAUUAUUAUCAUAAUCAUCACUAUCCCGCCUUUUCCCUUACGGGACUCAAGGCAGCUUACAAGAACCACUAACAACAUAGAGAAAAGAAAUCAUUCAAAAACAAUUAAACAUUGAUAGAAUUAAAACUACAUAAAUAUAUUAAAAGAGCUGUUGAAAACAUACAGAUCAUUACAGUAAUAACAGCACAGCACCAUCCCUUUCAUUGAAAGCAGUCAGUUGCCAAAAAGCCUCUUGGAACAAGAAAGGUCUUCACCUGCUGGCGGAAGGACAGCAGGGAGGGAGCCAGUCUAGCUUCUCUAGGGAAGGAGUUCGAGAAUCUGGGAGCAGCUAGCAAGAAGGCCAAAUCCUGCAUCCCCACCAAACAUGCCUGUGAGGGUGGUGGGUGGGAACGUCUCAGAGCCUGGGCAGGUUCGUACAAGGGAAUACGGUCUUUCAAGUAGACUUUUAGGGAGAAGGAGCAAAAAAAGGCUCUGUUUGAACUCAGACUUUGCCUGGGCACUUCCAGUUUUCCUGGCUCUGGUGUGUUUUCCUUAUUUGACUCCUGGUUAUGUCCUUAAGGGAUGCGGGUGGCGCUGUGGUCUAAACCACUGAACCUUGGGCUUGUUGAUCAAAAGGUCGGCGGUUCGAAUCCCCGUGACGGGCUGAGCUCCGGUUGCUCAGUCCCAGCUCCUGCCAACCUAGCAGUUUGAAAGCAUACCAGUGCAAGUAGAUAAACAGGUACUUCUCCAGCGGGAAGGUAUAUGACGUUUCUGUGCACUGCUGUGGUGUCAGUGCUCCAUUGUGCCAGAAGCAGCUUAGUCCUACUGGCCACAUGGCCCAGAAAAACUGUGGAGCAGACAAACGCCAGCUCCCUCGGCCUGUAAAGUGAGAUGAGCGCCGCAGCCCCAGAGUCGUUUGCGACUGGACUUAACUGUCCGGGGCCCCUUUACCUUUACCUAUGUCCUUAAGAGCUUGGCUGCUGGGACAGGGCAAAGGACCAUCUAGUCCAGUGGCCAACCAGAUGCCUCUUGGAAACGGCCAAGCAGGCCCUGGGGGCAGCAGCCACACUCUCCCCAUCUGCCAAUCCCAGUAACAGGCAUUCAGUGGCAUCCUGCCUGUGCCAGUGGAGGUAAAACCUUGCCAUCGUGGCUAGUAGCCAUUGACAGCCUUAUCACCAAGCAAUUUGCCUAAUCCUCUUUUGAAGCCAUCCAAGUUCGCAGCCAUCACUACCUCUUGGGGGAGCAAAUUCCUUGGUUAAACUAUGCGCUGUGUGAAGAAGCACUUUCCUUUCACCAGUCCUGAAUCUUCCAGCAUUCCCUUUUAUGGGAUGGCCUCGGGUUACAGCAUUAAUAAUAAUGAUAAUAAUAAUAAUUUUUAUUUAUACCCCGCCCUCACCAGCCAAGGCCGGGCUCAGGGCGGCUAACAAGCGAUAAUAAAAACAAGUUGAAUGAAUACAACUUAAAAACAAGAUUAAAAUACAACAUUAAAAUAUUGAAACAUUUAAAUAUUAAAAUGCAGCCUCAUCACAGGAGGAGGGGGGGGGGGAAAGAAAAAUGAAAGAGGGGGAGGGAAUCAAAUUGGCUCCAAGCCAAAGGCCAGGCGGAACAACUCUGUCUUACAGGCCCUGCGAAAAUAAAUCAGAUCCUGCAGGGCCCUGGUCUCAUGAGGCAGAGCAUUCCACCAGGCCGGAGCCAGUGCUGAAAAGGCCCUGGCUCUGGUUGAAGCCAAUCUGACUUCCUUAGGGCCUGGGACCACUAGGGUGUUGGUAUUUAUGGACCUUGAGGCUCUCCGUGGGGCAUUACGAAGGAGAAAAACUUCUCAGGGCCCACCCUUUCUCUGCCAGGCAGUAUCUCAUAGCCCUGUAUCACACAUCCCCACCCACUUUACACUGAAGAAGUCAUGUCCUUCAGCAUCGACUUCUGACUCUCUGUUCUUGGCUCUGUCCUGAUGGCUGCUUACAGCUCUGAGCAAACUGGAGCAUAAUUGACCAGACUGUUCUUACGUAGGGUGGAUGGGAGUGCAAACAGGAACAUAGGAAAACAAGCUUUUGUGGAGCCAGAAAUGAUCAGGGCAACCAGGGAGCAGACAAAAGUAGUUUAAUGGGCUGCCACCUCUAGCACUAGCCAAAGGAAGUGAGCAGAAGACCCACACGCUCCAUUGGCUCCUACCCAACCCUCAGUGCAGGCUGAUGCCUUGCUUUUCUUCUCCCAUCUCAAAAACCUGCUUAACUAUUUCCUGCCAAAGCGGAUGCACUACCAGAGACAGCUGCCUUAAUAGCUGCCAAUACACUCUCUGGUAUUUUGUCCAUUUUUGCACACGGGGCAUGUCGCUCCCUUGCCCCACCUGAGCUUCAGCCAACAAGAGGCAGCUUGAUUGGAUGUCAAAACAUCUCAAGAUUAAUCUGCUGCUCCGGCUUUUAUAAAUAGCGUCUCUCGGAUGCCCUGCAGCUCUGUGGGCCUCUCCUUUCGGGGAUUUGUGUCUCUCGCAAUCUGACUUCCACUUUGAAAACCUUGUUAACUUUCCUCCAGAUUACACUGAGUGGAGCAGACAGAGGCUGGUUCGGCGGAUUUCAAGGCUGGAGAAAGUGAGUGAUGGGAGCCCGAUUGCUGUCUUAGCGCUGCUGGGAAAGAAAUGGUUGCAGUUGCUGAACCCCUUGGUCCAUUUGCUUCAGUCUAUUGCAAAGAGACUAGACCCAAGGAACUUGCUUAUAUAGGUGUUUGUGUGUGAGAAAGAAAUGCCGAUUGGCGUAUUUUUAGGAUGUGAGCAUUACCCUUACCGAGCAGUUGUUCGGGGGUCACUGGGCAUCUUCGUUGAAUAGACUACGUAGGACAAGGCUGAGAAACUCAAGGGACGCAUCCCCUUUUGCACAACCUCCUGGGAGCCGCAUGCCAGCAGUGAACCUGGCCAGGUGCAGAGGUGGCCACAGCAAGAGAUGCAUCUCUUACCUACACUUAAGCCACGUAAAAGCAAGAGAGAAGCAUUUUCCAUCCAGGCAACCAAGAGGCAUCAUCACACAUCCCCAGGCAGGCAAACGAGGGCACCCAAGGAGGGCAUAGUAUAGGGCUGGUGUGGGAGGUGGCCUGAGAAGAUGGAGCACGAUUUGGGGAGAGUCUCCAGGGCUGGGUGGAAAGGCCUGGACCUUUCCGGUCCCCCUGGUGCAGAGUAAGCACUUGGAUUAAUUCCAAAAUCACAAAAGUUCUUUGUAGAAAGUGCUUAUGGUGGUGAUGAUUUGAGAGGAUAGUGUAGCUUAUAAGCAGCUUCAGUUGUCAACCCUCUCUUAGCCACAGAAACUGCUUGAAUCUCUAGAGCAGCCUUUCUCAACCUUCCUUGGGUCCCCAGAUGUUGCUGGACUACAACUCCCAUCAUUCCUUGCCAAGCAUGGCCAGUGGGAGUUGUAGUCCAACAAUACCUGGGGACCUAAGGUUGAGAAUGGCUGUUCUGGAGCGUUGAGCUGGUGGUUGCCACUGGUUGAAUGUUCUACGACCACAGAUGAUUUCUGCACACCAGGGCAGGGUUUUGUGUGCCCCUAGAUCAGUAGACUGCUAUAAUGCUAUAAUGUGCCUCACUCUUUUCCCUUUCCAUAUUUCCAGAAAAUGGAUGAGAUGCAGAAUGGCAGGCUUUCAGAAAGUAGCACUUCAACGUUGCUCUCCCAGUUGGGUCAGUCAGCUGCUGAGGAAGGUGACCCUCCAGAAGAACGUGAGCGUCUUCACAGACUAGUGAACAAGCUGAAAGGCCAAAAGAACGUCCUUCAGAACCAACUGGCUGCUAAAGAGUUAAGUCUCUAGGUAUCGCCAGAAACAGCGCAGCUGCCUUUGGUUGCAAUCUUGGGUGGUACAGUCAUAUGUAUGUAAAUAUCUUUUGGUGCUCUAUGCAAGAAUCUUUUUGCAUUUUUAAUUUUGCCAUUUCCCCCAGUUAAAAUUAAAAAGUGCUUUAAAAAAAUCCAGGCCCUGAGAAUUCUGCUUUCCUUACAGCAAAUAUGUGCAAAAGCGAGAUUUGCUAGCAAAUACCUGAAGUUGUAAGUGUGUUUGUUUAUUUAAAAAUAUUUGUAGCCUGCCCUAUACAGUAUAUCAUAUGGAUCUCAGGAGCAGGGUACACAAAUGCAGUUAUAAACAAAAAAUUCAUUGUUAUGCAGAGCGGAUAACGCUAAAAACCGCACAACGGCAAAGUGGUUUCUUAUUACCGUUUUCGUCUGCACAAUCAAUGAAUCAUAAACGCCUGCAAGAACGACCACGUCUUGAUCUGGUGCCAGAAGUAAAACAAAAGUGGCGCCAGACGUGCCUUCCUUACUCACAGGGUGAUUGUCGUUCCUCCUCCACAACCUUGACAAGUUGGUGGAGCCUGUGACCCUGCAGAGUCAGACCCACUAGGAGUUGCAAAAGAGACUUGGCAGGAGUUGCGCAAGAGCAUGACUUCACAGCAAAUGUGACUCUGGCCCAGAAGCGCUAUCAGCAGAGCUGGCAAAAUGUUCCCAUUUCGGCACAGUCAAGACUGUUGACCUGUUAGCACCGUGUCCUUUCAUUGUCAAUUUUUUGGCAAAUCCCUGAGGUUGUUGAGCUGUUAUCCCCGUCUUCUUUCUUGCAAGACUCUGCUGGCGAGUUAGAGGUUUGUGGCUAGGUGGUGGCUGUGCACCCUCACUUUGAACAUGGGACUGAAUGUAGCAGGAUUUGUUCCCUCCCUCUGCUUUGAGGAUCAGAGCAGUUGCCCUGCCUGGUUUUGUUUCAGGGGUCCUUCUGCAAGUUACUCCAACCUUCCCCAAUCUCCUGCUUUGUUGGAAGAUUCACAAGAUCCAAGUGGUGUGCCUCAGGAUCCAUUCAUGAGGUUGCACGUGCUACUUCCUUGGUGCGCCCCUCCAAAAGUAGACACCCCAAACAACUCCUUGCAUUGUGUGCUCUGUAGAGGCGCCUGCAGGUUUCAGAGUUCUAUGGAACUGGAAACUCUGUGCAAAUGAUUUGUUUUGUACUUCUGCAGGGAAGAAAUCCAGAAGCUGACAGAGAAGGUGGGAGAACUGGAGGGAAACCAAGAAGCAAACUGUAGGUUGGCUGGAAUUGAUGCCACAGAACCUCCCAACCAGGUAAAAAAACCACAGUUCGAUAUGUUUGGUACAGCAGGUCACCUAAUAUUAAUUGACUUCUGUUGAAACUUCUGUGCAGGCUGCUUGGCAUGGAUUUCAGAGAUUGCAUCCCUUCUAAACCCUUCCUCCAGCCAAGUAUUGGAUUUUAUGUUUAUGGGUAUGAAAGAAAGGCGGGGGAAGCCUUUUAUAUUCUUACUCUAGGUGGCUAAAGGAGAAUGAUGUAUGACCUCCUAAUAGCUAAGGCUGGCUUGGAGGAAAUGUGUAGCUUAGGGAUGUGAGUGGAGACAGAACACUUAAUUGCUGGUAACUUGGCUGGGAAAUCUCUGUCCCCACUUGUUCCUUCACUGAUUUGUUAAUAGCAGGAAAGUCCUCUGUACUGAAAGGCAACGCCAUCUUUUUGCCUUGGCUCUCACAGUGCUUGGAAUUGGCAGUUAUUCUCUCUUUCUCUCCAUCUACUCCUUCCUCUUCUCCCCCACUAACUCUCUCAUUGUCCCAAUCCUUUCUUUCUCUUCUCCGCUUACCAUAUUGUGCUCCUUCAGUUCUUUGCCACAUUCUUCCUCCAUGUUUGCAUGACUUCUUUUCCCUCAUUCAUUUGUUGAUCCUUCCAAUUUCUUGCUUCUUGCAUAUGUCUCUACCCCCUACCCCCUUCAUUCUUACAAACUAACUGCUGUUCCUGGUUUAGACAUAAUGAGAAGCUGCAACAAGUUUAAGCCAGGAAGCAGGUGCUUUCAUAUCUUCUCAUGCCUGCAUCAGAGGAGGAGGGUGGAAGGAGUGAGCAUGCAAGCCCAAGACUCAAGCAAGUUCAUUUAUGAAACACUACACCAGGGGUGCCGAACCUCCACUUAUAGGCCUAAUUGGGGCUGUAAGGCUAUUUCAGCCAAGCCAUGCCCACCUGCCAGGUAAAGGCUUGACCUGGAUCCUGCCCACCUGUCAGUUGACCAGCAGAUGUGUGAGAGGAAUGAUCUGGCCCAACAGCUGGAACCACUUCCCACAACUCCAUCUAACUAUGGCUUAGUGUUGCAUCUGAACAGAAAGAGCCAUGUGUGUCCAAACAGAUACAUACUAAUUCUUAUGUCAUUGCGGAAGAGCACAGCUGAGGGAGAGUCCUCCUUCGGCACUGCUCCAUAUUUUUUGUGGACCCCCAACUCCUGGACCAUGAAGAAUAGAGAGUAGGCUCCAAAGAAGGCGUCUCCCUCAGUGCGUGACUCAGAACUACCAUUCAGCUAGGAACAAACAGUUCUUUCUAUAUAAUUCAAAAAUUUCCUGAAUAGUAGUCAAGUGAACUGGUCAGCAUGCCAACCUUUUAUCUUCACUUCUCUGAGAGGUUUAUGGGGCUUUUUAAGGUUUUGUGUGGACGCGGCUAGCGCUGUGGUUUAAACCACUGAACCUCUUGGGCUUGCCGAUUGGAAGGUCGGUGGUUCAAAUCCCUGCGACGGGGCGAGCUCCCGUUGCUCGGUCCCAGCUCCUGCCAACCUAGCAGUUCGAAAGCACAUCAAAGUGCAAGUAGAUAAAUAGGUACCGCUCUGGUGGGAAGGUAAACGGCGUUUCUGUGUGCUGCUCUGGUUUCGCCAGAAGCGGCUUAGUCAUGCUGGCCACAUGGCCCGGAAAAACUGUCUGUGGACAGUAAAGCGAGAUGAGCGCUACAACCCCAGAGUCGUUCGCAACUGGACUUAACUGUCAGGGGUCCUUUACCUUUUUAAGGUUUUGUGUGCUUGUGUGUAUUACAACAAAAACAUUUGUUUUUUGCAGCGCUGGCACAAGCAGUUGUGUGUAUUACAACAAAAACCUGUGUGUAUUACACGCGUGUGUAUUACAACAAAAACUUUUUUUUUUUUGCAGCGCUGGCACAAGCAGUUGCUCAUUGGUGCUAGCAUGCCAUUCUUCCAAGCUGUCCCUUUGACAGCAGCAAUCACCAUUCCUCUGGAUUUCUGCUUCUCCAUUCAUACUUUCUCCAAUGUUAUUUUAAGGGCCUGCAGAAAUGUCAGCCCAGCUGGCGACCGUUGAAUCCAGCAUGCAUGCUAAAGUUCAGAGGUUCAGAUUUGGAGUGCUCACCUCCUUGCUCUCCUGAGCAUCACAGAAAGGAACAAGCUGCUCGGGUCAUCCAGAGACAAUGGAAGGCCUACCACACCAAGGUGAUGCUCUUUCAGCUGCAAAGGGAGGGUGAGGUAUAUUUAUGAAGCAGAAGAGUACAGAAAUCGGAGGACGGGAGGAACCGGGAUGAUAGUUACACCCUUUGGCAUGUGAGACUCUGCACCUCCUCACCACUCAAAUGCCAACAUGCUUUCAAAUCUAUCCUUUUCCCUUUAAAAACAAAAGCCAUCCGCUCCUGAUUUCUGUACUUGUACAGGGCAGUUGUUAAGGAUGCUGGAUAUAGCAAAUGGGCUUUAAAUCAUUAUCAGAGCCUCACAUUUUUCAUGCAGAAGGUCCCACGCUCCAUCUCACUCCCUGUCCUAGCCACUGUGAUCCACGCGACGGUCACCUCCAGACUGGAUUAUUGUAACUCGCUCUACGUGGGGCUGCCCUUGAGACUGACCCAGAAACUCCAGCGGGUGCAAAAUGCUGCAGCGAGACUCCUUACGGGGUCCUCGCUGCAAGAUCACAUUAACCCGGUGCUAUACCAGCUGCACUGGCUCCCAGUGGAGUACAGGAUCAGGUUUAAGGUGCAGGUUUUAACCUUUAAAGCCCUAUACUGCCUAGGACCCUCGUACCUACAGGACCGCCUCUUCUGGUAUGUCCCACAGAGGAAUUUACGGUCUUCAAACAAAAACAUGUUGAAGGUCCCAGGCCACAGAGAGGUUAGGCUGGCCUCAACUAGAGCCAGGGCUUUUUCGGCUGUAGCUCCGAUCUGGUGGAACGCUCUUUCACAAGAGACUAGGGCCCUGCGGGACUUGACAUCUUUCCGCAGGGCCUGCAAGACAGAGCUGUUCCACCAGGCCUUUGGCCAGGGCACAGCCUGACUCUCUCCUUUGGCAAUCUUCACAGAACUCUAGCCCAAUGGUUGCCAUCAAUUUGAUUUGAAUUAAUUUUAUAAUGAAAUGAUUUUAGAAUGUUGUAUUAUUUUAUUGUUGUUAGCCACCCUGAGCCCGGCUUCAGCUGGGGAGGGCGGGAUAUAAAUAACUUGUAUUAUUAUUAUUAUUAUUAUCUACAAAGAUGUCCUGGAGGAGAGGCAGACAUUAUACCCUUGUCUGAGACCGUGGAGAGCCACUGCCAGUCAGAGUUGGCCAGACAUGGCUAGGUGGACCAGUGCCUUGACUCCACAUAAGUCUUAUGGUCAUACAUAACUGCUCAGAUAAUACCAAGGAAUAUGAAUUACCCCGGGUGGGAAUACAACUUGGACUUAAUCUAAGAUCAAUAUACGUUUAAUCUCUUUUAUUGUUGUAUUUGUGCAUUUCCUCACAAGCUGCUUUGGAACACAUUGUUCGCAAAACCAAGGUAUAAAUAAUUGUAGUGAUAUAAAACACAAAAUGUUUGAUGAGCCUCUGAGCACCAGGGGCAUACACCAAAUCCAGAAGUAGAAUGAACAAGUUUAGCUGAAAAGAAUUUAAAAGGCUCCAUUUCAGUCCAAUGUUUAUCCAUUUCAGAUUGACAGGGCUGCACUGGAUGAGGUGAGUAAUGUAAACUCUUCUUAGUUGAAUUGAUUUUUUAAAAGUUAAUCUAAUGGUUGCAGGCCUACAGCUAAUAGUUUCAAUUGCUUCUGUUCUCAGUCAUUCAGGUCUUGUGCAGUUUUUCUGCAAUUUGCAUCACCUGGAAACAUGAAUCUGAUGUUCAUAUCAGUGGCAAAGUCUAAUGGGUAGUUGGAGACCCAAGACAUUAAUUGUAGCCUUGCCAAUGAAAUGUUCGCUGCUGAGGUGUGAUUUCAUUCAGCAGAUUUGACUGUAUGUGAAUUUCCAAAUUAACUUGUGCAUAAGUCGGUUUCUUUUAUCUUUCAUUGGCCAGGACCAACUUUUGAAUUGGAGAUCAGUAGUUCAGCUUGCCUUUUGAUUGGCAGGAAUACCUUUAUAGAGCCAAGAAAAUAGUCCUUUAUAGAACACAAUUUCUUCCUGGGGCUGUGCAUGGAAUGUGUAGCUGCCAUCUUUCAAGGGACUUAACAUCCAUUCAUUUUAUUCUCUCCCCCUGCGCUCUCUCUCAGGCGGUUGUUGUGCUCCAGGCAGCUUUCAGGGGACACUUGGCUCGGCAGAAACUAUUAUCAAUUAACGCACAAGGUCGAAACUCUCCCAGCGUGCCUCGAACAGGACACAAGGCAACUAUCAGGGCAAGUAGAGAUGCAGCCGCAGCAUGUUUUCCCCUGAUAUGCAGAUGCUCUGCAGGGCAAAGGAACAGGAUCCCAAGCUCUUUUGUUGUUGUUUAGUCAUUUAGUCGUGUCCGACUCCUCGUGACCCCAUGGACCAGAGCACACCAGGCACUCCUGUCUUCCGCUGCCUCCCGCAGUUUGGUCAAACUCAUGUUAGUAGCUUCAAGAACACUGUCCCAAGCUCUAGUCCUGCUAUAAUACUGGAACUUCGACUGUUGGCCUUGUUUGCUUCUUGUCUUUAUAUACCUUUUAAUAAUAAAAUCAAAACCACAUGGAUUUAGUUUAAAACAAAUAGGAACAAAUUUAUCCCGUGUCUCUAUCAAGCCAGUUUACUAUUUUAUUGUUGGCAUUUCCCCCCUUCCCCAGGAGGGCAAACUGGCCUUUUAACAGGAGAAGAGCCAAAGGUCUGGAUCCGUCCAAAGGUCCAUCUAGUCCAGCCCAUGGCCAACCAGAUGCUUCUAGGCAGCCCACAAACAGGACAUAAAAGCCUUUUUUCCUCUCCCCCCCCUGCCCUCGGACACCUCAGUUGCCCGGCAGCAGCCUGUAUUCAGAGGGUAGAUGGCCUCUGAAUUAGGCUGCGCCCAAAUUGCUGUAGUUGCCCAGGACUUUAGAAACUACCAGCCAUUAGAAGCUGUCAGAGACCAUUUGAAUUAGGGGCUUCUAGCCAUCAGUGCCCAAUAAACUCCUUUUAAGUAUAAACUGUUUCUAGACUUUUGUAUAAGCAUUGUGUAUCCCUUCGCUUGACAUAAGAUGACAGCAUUUCUGUUCCUUGGAAGUCGCUGUUUUAUCCCAUCCUUCUAAGGGCUGUUCUCCUUAUGCCCAUGUUUAACUUUUCCAUUCUUUCCUUAAACAAAAUCUAUGGGUAAAAGCAUUUUUCCAGCAUUAUACAACAGAUGGCUUUUCCGCUGCUAAAAAGUUAAAGCUAAACUCAUUCUGAUGUUUACUGUCAAGUGACCAACCAAAUUUGUUGUGAAAUAAGCUUGAAUAACGCCUGAAUCUUCCUGCCAGCAUUUCCUAAUUUUGCUCUUGCAUUAUGCAGGAGGAGGACCAAAUUAAGAAAAUAAUGUUUUCUUUAUAAGUAGUUUGAACAAAUAAAAAUUAAAAAAAGAAAAUAAGGUCCUUUUUAUGAACUUGAUUUGGCUGUUGCUUUUGGUUGAUUGGCAUUUUUGGCAGUGAUCGAUAACCAUGGACAGAACUAGAAUACAGUAUGUGGUUGGGGGACCAACAUUAAGUGAAUGUUCAGUGUUGGGAAAUUGCUGAAUCCCUUCCAUAUUCAGCCAGCCUAGUGAAAGCUGCUGCUUCUCAACCCAGAGGUGUCUCAUCUAAAGGCCAGAAUAUUUGAUAGCCUGCAUCCUUGCUCCUUUGUUCUCCCAUAUUUAUAUAUCAACGAUGACAAAUUUCUCAUUGAGCAAGCGGUAAGAAGGCUGGAGCAACUUUGCAUUGGCAGCCCCAGAAAUCUACUGGCAUUCCCAAACUACUACAGCUGAAAAGCAGGCCAGUUCUUUUUUCUUUCUGUUGACGGAUAAGGAAUGCUUUGAGGUCAGAAACAGCAGAAUCUGUUCAGUUGCCAAUUGCCAUAUUGAAUGCCAACACCUUGUUCCUAUUUGUGCUCCUAGAAUUCACUUUCGUCUCGUGGGUCCAGCUCUUCACAAACAGCUGCUGAUUACAAAGCAGAAGAAGAUGCUGUGAGGCUUGUGCAGUCCGUUUUCAGGGCUCACACGGCACGCACACACCUUGAGGAAAGGUAAGCCAGGAGUGGCUUGUUCUAAUGAGAUUUGAGUUUCACAAAUCUUGCAAACAACUUUGGAUCAGAAAUGGUUUGUUUACCUGCACAAGGAAUUCCAGGCUGUUUCCAUCUUUUUUUUAUGAUUCCAUGUGAUCCUGCUGACAGCGUAGAUCAGCCCUAACUGGCCUAGGUCCCAAUCCCACAUGUGCCCCACAAUGAUUUGUUGUGCUCCUUAGAGUAGGCAAGCCGGCCUCUUCUGAUGGGAAAUAAUAGUGGCAUGUGUGUUAAAGGUUGAGCAAUACCUUAAAGAUUUCAAGUGCUGUGUAUAUUCUGAAUUUGUUAAAUAAGAUACCUCAUGGGGAUGAUCAAGCGAAAAUCACUUAUCUUUGUUUGAGUCUGAGAAAUUCAUGGCAGAGUUACAGGAUUUGCUGUAGCUGCCCCAAAGCUGUGGUUUUUUUAGGGUAAUAUGGUGAUUUGAUUGGAUGAUUUUACAAUAAUGCCAUGGUACACCUGCAUCAACACAACCAGAGGCUUUCAUCUGCCCCAGCUGCAACAAAACUUGUCUCUCUUGCAUCAGUCUCUACAGCCAGAGCGGGCACUGCAACCUUCCAGUGGUUUGACUUCACCCCCCAAAGGCGCACUCUUCCAAUAUCUCCCAAGACAGAUGCCAACAACAAUUAGUCCCUUUAACCUUUUCUAUUUUAAUAUAUAUUUUAACCUUUUGUAUAUUAUUAUUUUAAUAUAAAGAUAUAUGUUGGUAGUUGUUGUGUUUAAAUAUUGAUGUUGUCGCUGGCAUCCGCCUGUCUUGUUAGCAUCACAUUCUCCCGUACCCUUUUGGAGAGGUGAGCCACCGCCGUAGCUGCCUGGCCAGUGUGCUUGUGCAGUUCAGCAUCAAUGGGCAGGUUGCUGGUUAUGGUGGAACCCAGGUAGACCAAUUUGUCUUCCACUUCAAGCGUGUGGCCACCAAUGCUGAUGCAUGGAGAGCUGGCGACGUCCUGAUCUUCCUUGAUCUUCGUCAGGCUGAUGGUGAGGCCAGACUCCCCACAGGCUUGGGCAAAACGAUUGCUGAGUCUCUGUAGAGCCUCCUCGGCAUACAAUGUCAAAGCUGUGUCAUCUGCAAACAACAUUGCAUAUAAUUUUUUUCUGCAGUUGAUAUGACCAUUAUGGUUGAAACAACAACAAUACACUUUUUUUGUGCUGUGUAAAAGAGUGAGGUAGCAGGACCUUUUAUGUGAUCCAUGCAGCUAUUCUGCAGCACAGCAGAAUGCGUCAGCACAGCAUCUUUGCUCUAAGACCAUGACAACCGAUGCUGCUUCCCAUUCCAUCACUGGUGCUUGGCAGGGUGAGGUCAGAGUUCCUGCCUUUGCCUCGCCCUCCUCAGUGGUAUUAAAGAAAGGCCCUGAAGAUCUUUUUUACUCCACUCGGCUUUCGGGUGGUAUGUGGUGUUGUACCUGCUGCCACUAUUUAAAGCUGUUUUCUCUACUGCUAGUAUUCUUAUCUAAUUUAAUUAUUUGCUUUUUAAUGCUGUUGCUUUUGUUAUCUUUGCGUAAGCAUAUUAUGUUGCUUUUCUGACUACCAUAAACUACCUCAGGAGGGUUGCUUGUGUAUUAUAUUCAGUGCUUUUCUUCUGGGGGGAAUCUUUUUGUGAAUCUUUGUACUUUUGUCCAGUUACUGUAUUAUUUUUCCUAAUACGAACUAUAAAAUGGCGAUUUUCUUCAGUCAAAAUGAGAGUACCCCUAAACAUUUUUUUUAGAAAAAAGCACUGAUUGUAUUUAUUAUCAUUCAUUGUUUGUGACUUUUACCUAUGUGUAAAGGUUAUUUUUAUCUUGAAAGGCAAUCCAAAACCCAGGCAAUAAAUAAAUAAAUGUAGCAGUAUAAUGCUUGAGUCUUAAGCAGGUGGCCCAUCCUGAGUUCCCAAGGUGUGUGUUACAUUUAGGAGCCAUUUAACAGACUAUGCCAGAAAAACCUCCCCACUUAAGGUAUUACAAAAUUGUCUUCCAUCUUUGAGGUGUGUCUUUCCCAAAUAGCAGGAACGCAGAGACCUGGGAUCUUCAGGCUUGCUCUGUUUCUCUAUGCCCGUUCCACAGUGUACUGCCCAACAUAGUGUAAGUCACGUUAGAUGCCUUCCACAUGGAGAUUAAACAAAACGAUGAAUGUAACAGAAUGCUUGCCUGCCUGCCUACCAGUGAACCUCUGCAUCUGAGUUAAAGCCCCAGGCCUGUGCUAGUUAUUAUCAUAGGUCUCCUCCUUUAUGGCUGGAUCUCUCUGACUCUGGGCCCAGUUUCUGCUGGGAGCUAUUUUUACAACUCUUGCCAAUUCUCCACAUAUUUUGCAGGCCUCUGAUCCUUGGUCCUGGAGAUGAGAGAGCAAGCCUAGCAGCCCCUGACAGUGGAGAGAAGAAGCCAGUCUGGUCUCCAUUCAAAUAUUCGCCUCUAGCGUUCACCUCAGCUGUUCAUGGUAAUCUCAUUUACUUCCCCAGUCUGGGCUUAUAGUCAAUCGUACGUUUUUGCAGUGGGCUCCCUUGAACUUUGGUUCUAAUUAAUCUUGUCCAAAAAGGGACUGCUGUGUACAGUAGGCUCAGCAAGGUUCCCAGUACUUCCACUUUGUCAAUCAGUUCCUCCCUGUUGGUGAGGUCCGGGUCCAGGAUAGAUGACCCCCUUGUUGCUACUUCCACCUUCUGGGAAAUGAAAUUGUCAGUGAGGCAAUGGAGGAAUUUGUUGGACCUUACAUUCUUGGCAGAAUUUAAGUUCCAGCAGAUAUUGGGGUGGUUGAAGUCUCCCAUGACUACUAUAUCUCUCCUUUUUGAAUGUUUGGCAAUCUGUUCUAGGAAGGCAUCAUCCAAGUCUUCAGUCUCAACGGAGUUCAAAACAAACCUGAGGCUAAAUAGGGGCUCAGUAUUCAAUCUUGCAGCAGAGUGACGGCUUCAUUGAUUUUCAGUUGUUAUAACUUUUAUUUGUCGACAGCCACUCCAUCACAUUGAUUUUUGUUUUUUGCACAGGCCUCUGAGUUAGGUAUCAAUUACUGUUUACUUCACAGGGUUGUUGUGAAGGUUAAUAACUAUCAUUAUUUAAUUGCUUAACUGUUCCAGAAGAAAACAGCGGCCCAAGAUGUAAUUCAAACAUAUACAGGGGGCCAUCACACCGGGGGGGAAAUAGAUUGUCUAUUGUGCUACUGCUAUUUAUUACUUGAAUUGGAGUUGAAUUGCUAACGUCCAAAUGGAUGACUUUUCUAAUUAGUAUUCAUUGGUGGUUUCCUCCCGUUUCUGCUUAGAGUCUGCUUUUAUCUUGUCCCAGAAGAACCUGUGGGUGCAUUGGGGGCAAUCUUCCAAACCAUGGCUUGGAGGGUCAUGCAGGAGACUUCCUGUGCUGGCAUGCUCUCUCCCUCCUCCCUUCCUGUGUUGUAGGGCUUAAUGCAUUUGAUCAAGUCAUAGGUUACUGUAUUUUGAUGCAGUGGAAAGCAAUAUAUUUCAAAAUGAGGAAGUAGUGCAGUGCCAUAGGAGAGAAGGUGGAGCAUGCACUCUCAUUUACAUGUAAAUCCUGAUGAUUGGUUUAAUGCCUGCCUUACUUUUGUGCAGGAGAGGUUGUGUCAGCGUGGAAACAGAAAAGGGCAAUCAAAAUUAUUCAUAACCCAUUCUGAAACCUUGUUAUUCUUAACAGAAAGACUUUGGCCAUUUUUAUCCACUCUCCUGCUUCGUUCGUUGUUCUUUCAGCCACAUCCUCCCGUGAUCAGCUGCAGCCCUCUCCCUCGCCACCUGCAGAUGAAGUUCAGUCGGAUGACUCGGAUGACAUCAUCACAGUGUCUCCAUCACCAGUGAAGAAAGCGUCAUCUCAUGAUUUCACCAGCCAUUUGUCACAUUCUCUGCUGCACUCCUAGCGUGACAAUGAAGGACGUUUUAGUCUUGCUUGGUGAAGUGAAGUUGUCCAGCCUAUGCCACUCGGCUUAGUUUUUCACAAAGGAGAAAGAGAGAGAGAGAAAGAGCUAAAGAUGGUUAAGACCACAUUUGCGAGGUGGUUCCUAAGGGGCAGGGGAGAGCAUCUUUUGCAGAUCCAUUUCCCUAUAAUUCACAGGUACUGGCAAAUUCUGCCCCUGCUGGUCCGCAUGGUAGGAAUUCAAACUUGUUUUGGUACCCCAAGCCAUCUCCGGCUGUUGUUUCUAAGUUAUCUUUUAUUCUUGCUUCCCACAGUUCAUGUUUUGUACCCAACUUUUGGCCAUGCCAAUUCACCUUGCAAUUGGACGCCCCAGUACAAGGUCCUUAAAAGGUGAGGGCGCCUUCCUUGUAAUAGGUAGUGAUGCCCUUAAACAAAUAGUUCUGUGGGACCAGUGCUUUGGCACGAAACACAGGAACCCUGUGAAUUUCUGAGCUUUGCCUGGUUCUUGAACCAAAAUCAGUUGGAGCCGACUUGUUCAAAGACUCCAGAACAAAAGGAUAUGUCCAGGAAGGGGAGAUACAACUCACUGAAAUUGUAGAAGAUGAAGGGGCUAGGAGUCAAGUCUGGCUUUAAGCUUUUUGCUAAGUACAGUGGUAUCUCAGGUUAAGUACUUAAUUCGUUCCGGAGGUCCGUACUUAACCUGAAACGGUUCUUAACCUGAAGCACCACUUUAGCUAAUGGGGCCUCCCGCUGUUGCUGCGUCGCCGGAGCCAGAUUUCUGUUCUCAUCCUGAAGCGAAGUUCUUAACCUGAAGCACUAUUUCUGAGUUAGCGGAGUCUGUAACCUGAAGCGUAUGUAACCUGAGGUACCACUGUAAUAUAAAAUCAACAGGCUCCAGACUUCAUUAUCUUCUGGCUCUCUCGCAAGACUCCCAGCUCCUUCACUGGAGAUGAGCCUUUAUCUCCAAACCUGUGGUAGAUUAACAACCAUACUUAACUAACAUAGAUAAUCUCUCCCUCUCUCUCUCUUUCUCAGAAGUGUUCAUUUUGCCCCAAACCAAGAAUUGCCUUGUGCUUGCAUUUCAGUCGGUAGCUUUGUGUGAUCACCUUUGUAUGAAAGAACUUCCUAGGUUCCUCAGUCAGAUGAUUGGUCUCUAAAGCCCCGGAGAGGGUACCCUGACUGGCAGCAGCUCUCCCAAGAUCCUGAUGCAGAGAAAGUCUUUGCCAUUGCCUGCUCCUUAUUCCUUUUCAACUGGAGAGGCCUGAGAUUGAACCCGGGACCUUCUGCCUGCCCAGCUCUGCCCCUGAGCUAUAGUCCAUCUGAACACUGCUGCUGCUACUGCAGAUAAAGUUGGGAAUCUAAAUUACAGUUCCUGCUUGGAGGAGGAUGCUUCAGUCUCCUGUCUUGUCAUUAUUUGUGACUUGAUGAAUUAUUCAGAUUUAUUCAGG